UCUAAAGUCUAAACUUUAAAUCGAUAAGUGUUACACACUUUGGCGCACUAAUAUAUUUUAAAAUUUAAAGUUUGGUUUAUCAUGCGACUUAACGGGGGACACCAACAAAGACCAUUUAAGAAUGAUAAAGAAACAGGCAACGCGUCUCCAGUUUGGGAAGCUACCUCUUACACCUUAGAGGAAUACAAAACCAUUCAAGCUAACCUCUCUAAACAAUUAGGACCAGAGUAUGUUAGCAGUCGUCCAGGUCCCGGAGGUGGCAAAGUAAUUUAUUUAGAAGGAUGGAAAGCAAUGAAUUUAGCUAAUGAUGUCUUUGGUUUUAAUGGAUGGUCGUCAAGUAUAGUUGAUAUAACGGUCGAUUUUGUUGAUUGCAAUCACGAUACCGGUAAGUUUUCUAUUGGCGUAGCGGUAACCUGCAGAGUAACCCUCAAGGAUGGGACAUUUCAUGAGGAUAUUGGAUAUGGUUCUUGCGAUAAUUUGAAAAGCAAGGCAGGCGCUUUCGAAAAGGCAAAAAAAGAAGCGGCGACGGAUGCACUAAAGCGUGCUUUAAGAAUGUUCGGAAAUUUGAUGGGUAAUUGCAUGUAUGAUAAAAAAUAUGGACAGGAAAUAGCUAAAGUGAAAGUACCUUCGUCAAAAUUUGCUGUUGACGAGUUAUAUAGGAAAGCAGAAUUCGCUCCAAAAGUAAUACCUAUUCCCGAACCUCCUAUAACAAUAAAUAACACAAAAUCAGAUGGAAAUAUAUAUUUAAAUCAAGAGAUUACUCAAAAACUAGCCCAAAAUUUCAUAAAUAGUAUAGAAAAUCCGGAAACAUCCUUAAAUUCAGAACGAUUAACAAUUAAUGAUCCAAGUAAUAAGGUUUCUGAUAAUUUAUUAUUAACGCCAAAUAUACAAACUAAGAUAACCAAUACGGAAGGUAUAGGAAACAAUUUAAGCCCGUCUGCGAUUAAUGCGCAAUAUGAUGCCUUGGACUCUCAAUAUGCGCAUUUGUUUUCUGAAUUCGACAAUCUAUCACCGCAAAUUGAUUCAUUUGUCGAGCACUCACCAAAUGAAGAUAGGCUGGAUUGUUUUAAUAAUGCUUCGAUUGAACAAUCGAGUCAUUCACCUUAUCCAACACGUAUUACACAAAGUCUUCAAGUCUCAUCAUUGAAUCAGUCCUUGCAGAUGGAACACAAUAAGUUGUUAUCUAAACCUACGUUGGAUAAGACUAAUGAGGCUUCACAGUUUAAUCCUAUUAAUGACAAAAAUAAGCAUAUUCGACCCUUUUUAAAAGAUAAUACUUACAGUUUUUCGUCCAAUUCUAAUUCUACGUGGACCAAUACAGUUAAUAUUGAACCAUCGAGAAUAUCUCAAAAAGUUGAUAGUCCGAAUUGUUCCAAGAAUAACGGUAAGGAUAAUUUCAAUUACAAUGGAGCUAGGAACGAAAAUAAUCAAGGUACGAAUACUUUGGGAACUACCGGACAAAUAACUGGAAUCAAAAGAUCCAACAAUAUAUGCAGUCUACCGGGGUAAGUUAGCUACGUUUAUUUGCAAUUUUUAAUUAUCAAUUUAUGAUUGGUUUAUUUUAUUUUAUUUAUCCAUUUAUCCUUUUUUUUUCUUUUUUUUUUAUAAAUAAAUGCUAGCAAUUAUGAGUAUACAGGACAA